AUGUCUCUUAUAAAAUCAGUCAAAGAGAAAGACCAACUUCUACUUGAUGGUUAUCGAUACCGUCGGGAUAGAUUAGUUUGGCGCUGUGUUACAAACAACUGCAAAGGACGUGCUCGUUAUGAUGAUGGAAUUUAUACAACUUAUCAAGAUCACAUAUGUCGAGCACCAGAUCCAGAUGAAAUUGAAAAAGCAUUUUAUAAUUAUGAAAUUAAAAAGAAUGCGCAACAAUGUCAUGAUCCACCACGAUUAAUCAUUCAAAAUGCUCGUCUUAAAAUAUCAUUAGAUGCUGCAAUUAACAUUCCACAAUACACAGCAUCGCAACGUUCAAUUCAACGUGUUAGACGAGAUAAAGAUGUUCAAACAGAACCUAAAACAUUUGCGGAUAUUAUUAUACCAUCAAAUUAUCAAGUUAAUGCAUUAAAUGAACAAUUUCUUUUAUAUGAUAAUAAUGACAAUCAACGACGAAUAUUAAUCUUUACUACAAAACAACAUUUAGAUUUUCUUAAUGAAUGCGAAAGUUGGCAUUGCGACGGCACUUUUGCCGUAGCACCUAAGCUAUUUGAACAAAUGUAUUCUAUUCAUGGUUCAAUCCGUGGUAAAAAAUUACCAUUAUUAUAUUCACUUCUACCAAAUAAAGAUCAAAAAACUUAUGAAGAAUUAUUUCGAAUAGUGGCUCAACAUGUUCGACGAAAACCUGAUUAUAUUACCAUCGACUUUGAAAAAGCAGCAGAAAAUGCAUUUAAUGAAUUACAUUUAAAAAAAGAAUUUCUGGAAAACCAAAAUAAUCGUCGAACUAUGAAAAAUUUAGCAGCAUUGGCUUUUGUUCCACCUAAUAAUGUUGUUGAAGAAUUUGGACGCAUAAAAGAAAAUGCAUCUGAUAUUUUAGAUGGUAAGAAACUUUAUAUAUUAAAUUUUUAUUACAUAUUGUCAAGUUUUAGAUUUGAUUUUGUAUUUCGAAAAUAA